CGGUGGCAAGCCCCCGGAGGGAGCCGCAGUAGUACGACGGAAGAUGGCGACGAGCGGCGGCGACGAGGCGGCGGCAGCGGCUCCAGUGCCCGGAGCCCCGGCGACCGGGCAGGACACGACCCCGGGCUGGGAGGUGGCGGUGCGGCCCCUACUGUCCGCGUCCUACUCCGCCUUUGAGAUGAAGGAGUUGCCGCAGCUGGUGGCCUCAGUCAUCGAGAGUGAGUCAGAAAUCCUGCACCACGAGAAGCAGUAUGAGCCAUUCUACUCAUCCUUUGUUGCACUGUCCACACACUACAUCACCACGGUCUGUAGCCUCAUUCCCCGGAACCAGCUUCAGUCGGUGGCAGCGGCCUGUAAAGUCCUCAUUGAGUUUUCUCUCCUUCGUCUGGAGAACCCGGACGAGGCAUGUGCUGUGUCCCAGAAACACUUGAUUCUGCUGAUCAAAGGCCUGUGCACUGGCUGUAGCCGACUAGACAGAACAGAAAUUAUCACCUUCACAGCAAUGAUGAAGUCCGCCAAGCUUCCACAAACAGUGAAGACGCUUUCAGAUGUGGAAGAUCAGAAAGAGCUGGCGUCUCCAGUAAGCCCUGAGCUAAGGCAGAAGGAGGUACAGAUGAAUUUUUUGAACCAGCUCACCUCAGUUUUUAACCCUAGAACCGUACCAUCUCCUCCCAUUAGUCCACAGGCUCUGGUGGAAGGAGAAAAUGAUGAGCAGCCAUCCACAGAUCAAGCCUCUGCUGUCAAGACCAAGAACGUGUUCAUAGCUCAGAAUGUGGCUAGCCUUCAAGAGCUUGGUGGCUCAGAGAAGCUGCUCCGAGUGUGCCUGAACCUGCCGUAUUUCCUGCGCUACAUCAAUCGGUUCCAGGAUGCAGUGGUAGCCAAUUCCUUCUUCAUCAUGCCUGCAACAGUAGCUGAUGCCACUGCUGUUCGCAAUGGUUUUCACUCACUAGUGAUUGAUGUAACCAUGGCCUUGGAUACCCUUUCUCUACCUGUGUUGGAACCCCUCAAUCCUUCACGUCUGCAAGAUGUGACAGUUCUCAGCCUCAGCUGUCUGUACGCGGGUGUGAGUGUAGCCACCUGCAUGGCCAUUCUUCAUGUGGGUAGUGCCCAGCAAGUGCGGACAGGGUCCACAAGCUCCAAAGAAGACGACUAUGAAAGUGAUGCUGCCACUAUUGUCCAGAAAUGUCUUGAGAUCUACGACAUGAUCGGACAGGCAAUCAGCAGCUCCCGCCGUGCUGGUGGUGAGCAUUUCCAGAACUUCCAGCUGUUGGGCGCCUGGUGUCUGCUGAAUAGCCUCUUCCUCAUACUGAAUCUCAGCCCCACUGCCCUGGCUGACAAGGGGAAAGAGAAGGACCCAUUGGCUGCUCUCCGAGUCAGAGACAUCCUUUCUCGUACAAAAGAGGGAGUAGGCUCUCCCAAACUGGGGCCUGGCAAAGGGCAUCAGGGAUUUGGAGUGCUCUCAGUGAUCCUGGCAAACCAUGCCAUCAAGCUGCUGACAUCUCUGUUUCAGGACCUGCAGGUGGAGGCGCUCCACAAGGGCUGGGAGACAGAUGGUCCCCCCGCAGUCCUAAGCAUUAUGGCCCAAAGCACCUCCACACAAAGGAUUCAACGGCUGAUUGACUCUGUCCCGCUGACUAACCUGCUCUUGACUUUACUUUCAACUUCAUACAGAAAGGCAUGUGUCCUGCAGCGGCAGAGGAAGGGCUCCAUGAGCAGUGAUGCCAGCGCCUCCACCGACUCCAACACAUACUAUGAGGAUGACUUCAGUAGCACAGAGGAGGACAGCAGCCAAGAUGAUGACAGCGAGCCUAUUUUGGGGCAGUGGUUUGAGGAGACCAUCUCUCCCAGUAAAGAGAAAACUGCACCUCCACCCCCUCCACCGCCCCCUCCCCUGGAAAGCUCUCCUCGGGUUAAAAGCCCCAGUAAACAGGCCUCUGGUGAGAAGGGCAACAUCUUGGCCAGUCGCAAAGAUCCUGAGUUGUUCUUAGGUCUGGCUUCCAACAUUCUGAACUUUAUCACAUCUUCCAUGCUGAACUCUCGGAACAAUUUCAUCCGGAACUAUCUGAGUGUGUCUCUUUCAGAGCACCAUAUGGCCACCCUGGCAAGCAUCAUUAAGGAGGUGGACAAAGAUGGACUCAAGGGGUCAUCAGAUGAGGACUUCGCUGCUGCUCUCUAUCACUUCAACCACUCCCUGGUAACUUCUGACCUACAGUCCCCGAACUUGCAGAAUACACUACUACAGCAGCUAGGAGUUGCUCCUUUCUCCGAGGGCCCUUGGCCCCUGUACAUUCACCCCCAAGGCCUCUCUGUGCUCUCUCGUCUCCUGCUUAUCUGGCAACAUAAAGCUGGAGCACAAGGUGACCCUGAUGUCCCAGAAUGCCUGAAAGUGUGGGACAGGUUUUUGUCUACAAUGAAGCAGAGUGCACUGCAGGGGGUGAUGCCCAGUGAGACAGAGGACCUGAAUGUUGAGCACCUGCAGCUGCUGCUCCUCAUCUUCCACAGCUUCUCUGAGAAGGGCCGCAGGACCAUCUUCACCAUGUUGGUGCAGAGCAUCCAGGAGCUGAGUGUGAACAUGGAGGUUCAGAUGCGCUCCGUGCCUUUAACCCUGGCGCGCCUCCUUUUGAUCUUCGACUACCUGCUUCAUCAGUACUCCAAAGCCCCUGUGUAUCUGUUUGAGCAGGUGCAGCACAACCUGCUGAGUCCCCCUUUUGGGUGGGCAAGUGGAUCCCAAGACAGCAGCAGCCGCCGGGCCAACACUCCUCUGUAUCAUGGGUUCAAGGAAGUAGAAGAAAACUGGUCCAAACAUUUUUCAUCAGAUGCAGCCCCACAACCCAGGUUCUACUGCGUCCUGUCCCCAGAGGCUUCUGAGGAGGAUUUGCACCGACUUGAUUCUAUGGCAUGUGAAGUUCUUUUCUCCAAGCUUGUCAAGUACGAUGAACUUUACACCUCACUGACAGCCCUGCUUGCAGCUGGCUCUCAGUUUGAUACAGUCAGGAGAAAGGAGAAUAAGAAUGUGACUGCCCUGGAGGCCUGCGCCCUGCAGUAUUACUUCUUGAUACUCUGGAGGAUCUUGGGAAUUUUGCCACCUUCAAAGAUUUACAUGAACCAGUUGGCCACUAACUUACCUGAGAUGAGUGAAUGUGACAUCUUACACACUCUGCGAUGGUCAUCUCGCCUCCGGAUCAGCUCCUAUGUCAGCUGGAUAAAGGAUCACCUUAUCAAACAGGGCAUGAAGCCCGAGCAGGCUGGCUCUGUCAUAGAGCUGACCUCCACCAAGUGUAGCUCAGUGAAGUACGACGUUGAGAUUGUGGAAGAGUACUUCGCCCGACAGAUCUCAUCAUUCUGCUCCAUUGACUGCACCACCGUCCUGCAGUUGCAUGAGAUCCCUAGUCUGCAGUCCAUCUACACCCUGGAUGCGGCUAUCUCAAAGGUCCAGGUCUCUCUGGAUGAGCACUUUUCUAAGAUGGCUGCAGAGACUGACCCUCAUAAGUCAUCUGAGAUCACCAAGAACCUUCUUCCAGCUACGCUGCAACUCAUUGACACCUAUGCCUCGUUCACUAGAGCCUAUUUGCUCCAGAACCUUAACGAAGAGGGAUCCACUGAGAAGCCCUCCCAGGAGAAGCUGCACGGCUUUGCAGCUGUUUUGGCUAUUGGCUCUAGCAGGUGCAAGGCAAACACACUGGGUCCAACGUUGGUGCAGAAUUUACCGUCAUCAGUGCAGACUGUCUGUGAGUCCUGGAAUAAUAUCAACACUAAUGAGUUUCCCAACAUUGGAUCCUGGCGCAAUGCAUUUGCCAAUGACACCAUCCCAUCUGAGAGUUACAUCAGUGCUGUGCAGGCUGCUCAUCUGGGGACUCUUUGUGGCCAGAGUCUACCCCUGGCAGCUUCCCUGAAGCAUACCCUCCUCUCCCUGGUCAGGUUGACUGGGGAUCUGAUAGUCUGGUCGGAUGAGAUGAACCCAGCACAGGUCAUCCGGACCCUACUACCCCUUCUCUUGGAGUCGAGCACAGAGAGUGUGGCUGAGAUCAGCAGUAACUCCUUGGAGCGCAUCUUGGGACCUGCGGAGUCUGAUGAGUUCCUGGCUCGUGUGUAUGAGAAGCUGAUCACCGGGUGUUACAGCAUUCUGGCCAACCAUUCAGAUCCCAGCAGUGGGCUGGAUGAGUCCAUCCUGGAGGAAUGUUUGCAGUAUCUGGAAAAGCAGCUGGAGAGCAGCCAGGCCCGGAAAGCCAUGGAGGAGUUCUUCUCUGAUGGUGGGGAACUUGUGCAGAUCAUGAUGGCCACAGCCAAUGAGGACCUCUCUGCUAAAUUCUGUAACCGCGUCUUGAAAUUCUUCACCAAACUCUUCCAGCUGACUGAGAAGAGCCCUAACCCAAGCCUCCUUCAUCUCUGUGGCUCUCUUGCCCAGCUGGCCUGCGUGGAGCCGGUGCGCCUGCAGGCCUGGCUCACCCGCAUGACAACAUCACCCCCAAAGGAUUCUGACCAGCUGGAGAUCAUUCAGGAGAACCGGCAGUUGCUGCAGUUGCUGACCACAUACAUCGUGUGGGAAAACAGAUCUCUUCUACAACAGCCAUCUUACCCCAUAGGUCAGAUUCUGAUGCGGCUGGUGCAAGAGAAGGCCCCUGCUUGUGUGCUGGAGCUGGGCACCUACUGCGGAUACUCUACACUGUUUAUUAUGAUUGUGUGUCUUCUUUCUUUGCUUUGGGACAGCAAGAAGUACCUGUCUCAGAAGAAUGUGGUUGAGAAACUGAAUGCCAAUGUAAUGCAUGGAAAGCAUGUGAUGGUCUUGGAGUGCACGUGUCAUAUUAUGUCUUACUUGGCUGAUGUCACAAAUGCCCUGAGUCAGAGUAAUGGCCAAGGACCCAGUCACCUCUCCGUGGAUGGGGAAGAGCGUGUCAUUGAGGUGGAUUCAGACUGGGUAGAAGAGUUAGCAGUGGAGGAGGAAGAUUCCCAGGCUGAGGACUCCGAUGAAGAUUCUCUCUGCAAUAAACUCUGCACCUUCACCAUCACGCAGAAGGAAUUUAUGAACCAGCAUUGGUACCACUGUCAUACCUGUAAGAUGGUGGAUGGGGUGGGUGUGUGCACGGUGUGUGCGAAGGUGUGCCACAAGGAUCAUGAGAUUUCCUAUGCCAAGUAUGGUUCUUUUUUCUGUGACUGUGGAGCCAAAGAAGAUGGCAGCUGCUUGGCACUGGUGAAGCGAACUCCUAGCAGUGGCAUGAGCUCUACCAUGAAGGAGUCGGCAUUUCAGAGUGAACCUAGGGUUUCGGAGAGUUUGGUGCGCCAUGCCAGCACCUCACCAGCUGACAAGGCCAAGGUCACCAUCAGUGAUGGGAAGGUUACUGAUGAAGAGAAGCCCAAGAAGAGCAGCCUGUGCCGCACAGUUGAGGGGUGCCGUGAAGAGUUGCAGAAUCAGGCCAAUUUCUCCUUCGCUCCUCUCGUGUUAGACAUGCUCAAUUUCCUCAUGGAUGCCAUUCAGACCAACUUUCAGCAGGCUUCAGCCGUGGGGAGCAGCAGCCGAGCACAGCAGGCCCUUAGUGAGCUGCAUACAGUGGACAAGGUUGUGGAGAUGACGGACCAGCUGAUGGUUCCUACCUUAGGCUCACAGGAAGGUGCCUUUGAGAAUGUUCGGAUGAAUUACAGUGGAGACCAGGGCCAGACUAUACGGCAGCUGAUCAGCGCCCAUGUUCUCAGGCGGGUGGCUAUGUGUGUGCUUUCUUCCCCGCAUGGGCGCCGCCAGCAUUUGGCUGUCAGCCAUGAGAAGGGCAAGAUUACAGUGCUACAGCUCUCUGCACUCCUGAAACAAGCGGAUUCCAGCAAGAGGAAGUUGACUCUGACCCGCUUGGCUUCUGCCCCGGUUCCCUUCACAGUGUUGAGUCUCACUGGAAACCCCUGCAAGGAGGACUACCUGGCAGUGUGUGGGCUGAAGGACUGCCAUGUGCUCACCUUCAGUAGCUCGGGCUCUGUUUCGGAUCAUUUAGUGUUACAUCCCCAGUUGGCAACAGGGAACUUCAUCAUCAAAGCUGUGUGGUUACCUGGUUCACAGACUGAGCUGGCCAUUGUCACAGCAGACUUUGUCAAGAUUUACGACUUGUCUGUUGAUGCCUUGAGUCCUACCUACUACUUUCUCCUGCCGAGCUCAAAGAUAAGAGAUGUUACCUUCCUUUUCAAUGAGGAAGGCAAGAACAUCAUUGUCAUCAUGUCCUCUGCUGGGUACAUGUACACACAGCUCAUGGAGGAGGCCAGCAGUGCCCAGCAGGGGCCCUUCUACGUCACUAAUGUUCUGGAAAUAAAUCACGAAGACCUGAAGGACAGUAACAGCCAGGUGGCAGGUGGCGGUGUGUCUGUGUACUACUCACAUGUGUUGCAGAUGCUUUUCUUCAGCUACAGCCAGGGCAAGUCCUUUGCAGCCACCGUCAGCAGGAGCACUCUGGAGGUGCUGCAGCUCUUCCCCAUCAACAUCAAAAGCUCCAAUGGUGGCAGUAAGACUUCUCCUGCCCUUUGCCAGUGGUCUGAAGUGAUGAACCACCCUGGCUUGGUCUGUUGUGUCCAGCAAACUACUGGCGUGCCUCUGGUAGUCAUGGUGAAACCAGACACUUUCCUCAUCCAGGAGAUUAAGACUCUUCCCGCCAAAGCAAAGAUCCAAGACAUGGUUGCCAUUAGGCACACUGCCUGCAAUGAGCAGCAGCGGACAACCAUGAUCCUGCUGUGUGAGGAUGGCAGCCUGCGCAUUUACAUGGCCAAUGUAGAGAAUACCUCUUAUUGGCUCCAGCCCUCCCUGCAGCCCAGCAGCGUCAUCAGCAUCAUGAAGCCUGUGCGAAAGCGCAAAACAGCUACGAUCACUGCCCGCACAUCCAGCCAGGUGACCUUCCCCAUCGACUUUUUUGAACACAACCAACAGCUGACAGACGUGGAAUUUGGUGGUAAUGACCUCCUGCAGGUCUACAAUGCACAACAGAUAAAGCACAGGCUGAACUCCACUGGCAUGUACGUGGCUAACACCAAGCCUGGCGGCUUCACCAUUGAGAUUAGUAACAACAGCAGCACUAUGGUCAUGACAGGCAUGCGGAUCCAGAUUGGGACCCAGGCAAUAGAACGGGCCCCAUCAUACAUCGAGAUCUUUGGCAGGACCAUGCAGCUCAAUCUGAGCCGUUCCCGCUGGUUUGACUUUCCCUUCACCAGAGAGGAAGCCUUGCAGGCUGACAAGAAGCUGAACCUCUUCAUCGGUGCCUCAGUGGAUCCAGCAGGCGUUACCAUGAUAGAUGCUGUAAAAAUUUAUGGCAAGACUAAGGAACAGUUUGGCUGGCCUGACGAACCCCCAGAAGAAUUCCCUUCUGCCUCUGUCAGCAACAUCUGUCCUUCCAACCUGAAUCAGAGCAAUGGCACUGGGGAGAGUGACUCAGUCGCUCCAACUACGACCAGUGGAACUGUCCUGGAGAGGCUGGUUGUGAGUUCUUUGGAAGCCCUGGAAAGCUGCUUUGCUGUUGGCCCAAUCAUCGAGAAGGAGAGAAACAAGCAUGCAGCCCAGGAGCUGGCCACUUUGCUGCUCUCCCUGCCAGCACCUGCCAGUGUCCAACAGCAGUCAAAGAGCCUCCUGGCCAGCCUACACACCAGCCGCUCAGCCUAUCACAGCCACAAGGACCAGGCCUUGCUGAGCAAAGCUGUGCAGUGUCUCAACACAUCCAGCAAAGAAGGCAAGGACUUGGACCCUGAGGUGUUCCAGCGGCUAGUGAUCACAGCUCGCUCGAUUGCCAUCAUGCGUCCUAGCAACCUUGUGCACUUUACGGAGUCCAAGCUGCCCCAGAUGGAAACAGAAGGAGCAGAUGAGGGGAAAGAACCACAGAAGCAGGUGGAAGGAGAUGGCUGUAGUUUCAUCACUCAGCUUGUGAACCACUUCUGGAAACUCCAUGCUUCUAAGCCCAAGAAUGCCUUCCUGGCACCUGCCUGCCUGCCAGGCCUCACUCAUAUUGAAGCUACUGUUAAUGCACUGGUAGACAUUAUCCAUGGCUAUUGUACCUGCGAGCUGGACUGUAUCAACACAGCAUCCAAGAUCUACAUGCAGAUGCUGUUGUGUCCUGACCCUGCAGUGAGCUUCUCCUGCAAACAAGCUCUAAUUCGAGUCCUAAGGCCCAGGAACAAGCGGAGACACGUGACUUUGCCCUCCUCUCCUCGAAGCAACACACCAAUGGGAGACAAGGAUGAUGACGAUGAUGAUGACGCAGAUGAGAAAAUGCAGUCAUCAGGCAUCCCCGAUGGUGGUCACAUUCGUCAGGAAAGCCAGGAACAGAGUGAGGUGGACCACGGAGAUUUUGAUAUGGUGUCUGAGUCGAUGGUUCUGGAAACAGCUGAAAAUGUCAACAAUGGCAACCCCUCUCCCCUGGAGGCCCUGCUGGCAGGUGCUGAGGGCUUUCCUCCCAUGCUGGACAUCCCACCUGAUGCAGAUGACGAGACCAUGGUUGAACUAGCCAUUGCCCUGAGCCUGCAGCAGGACCAGCAAGGCAGCAGCAGCAGUGCCCUGGGCCUGCAGAGCCUGGGACUAUCCGGCCAGGCACCCAGCUCUUCCUCUCUGGACGCAGGAACCCUCUCUGACACCACAGCAUCAGCUCCAGCCUCAGAUGAUGAGGGCAGCACCGCAGCGACUGAUGGCUCCACCCUGCGGACCUCGCCCGCUGACCAUGGCGGGAGUGUGGGCUCAGAGAGCGGGGGAAGUGCAGUGGACUCUGUGGCUGGCGAGCACAGUGUGUCUGGCCGGAGCAGUGCAUAUGGUGAUGCCACAGCUGAGGGGCACCCAGCUGGACCAGGGAGCGUCAGCUCAAGCACAGGCGCCAUCAGCACCACCACUGGGCACCAGGAGGGAGAUGGCUCUGAGGGAGAAGGUGAAGGGGAAGCUGAAGGAGAUGUGCACACUAGCAACAGACUGCACAUGGUUCGUCUGAUGCUGUUGGAGAGAUUACUGCAGACACUACCCCAGUUACGAAAUGUUGGGGGUGUCCGAGCCAUCCCAUACAUGCAGGUCAUUCUGAUGCUCACAACAGAUCUGGAUGGAGAAGAUGAGAAAGACAAGGGGGCCCUGGACAACCUGCUCUCCCAGCUCAUUGCUGAGCUUGGCAUGGACAAAAAGGAUGUCUCCAAGAAGAACGAGCGCAGUGCCUUGAACGAAGUCCAUUUGGUUGUAAUGAGACUCCUGAGUGUCUUCAUGUCCCGCACCAAGUCUGGUUCCAAGUCUUCCAUCUGUGAGUCAUCUUCCCUCAUCUCCAGUGCUACGGCAGCAGCCCUGCUGAGCUCGGGGGCUGUGGACUAUUGUCUCCAUGUGCUCAAGUCUCUGCUGGAAUACUGGAAGAGCCAGCAGAAUGAUGAGGAGCCCGUGGCCACCAGCCAGUUGUUGAAACCACACACAACGUCAUCCCCACCAGAUAUGAGUCCAUUCUUUCUCCGCCAGUAUGUGAAGGGUCAUGCUGCUGACGUGUUUGAAGCCUACACCCAGCUGCUCACAGAAAUGGUCCUGCGGCUUCCCUACCAAAUCAAAAAGAUUGCAGACACCAGCUCUCGAAUUCCUCCUCCUGUCUUUGAUCACUCCUGGUUCUACUUUCUCUCUGAGUACUUAAUGAUCCAGCAGACCCCUUUUGUGCGUCGCCAAGUUCGAAAACUUCUGCUCUUCAUCUGUGGAUCAAAGGAGAAGUACCGACAGCUCCGAGAUCUGCACACCCUGGACUCCCAUGUGCGUGGGAUCAAGAAGCUGCUGGAAGAGCAGGGCAUCUUCCUCCGGGCCAGUGUGGUCACAGCCAGCUCUGGCUCUGCUUUGCAGUAUGACACGCUCAUCAGCCUGAUGGAGCAUCUGAAGGCCUGUGCAGAGAUUGCCGCCCAGCGAACCAUCAACUGGCAGAAGUUCUGCAUCAAAGAUGACUCUGUCCUCUACUUCCUCCUGCAAGUGAGUUUCCUGGUGGACGAGGGGGUGUCCCCCGUGCUGCUGCAGCUGCUUUCCUGUGCCCUGUGUGGCAGCAGAGUGCUCGCAGCCCUGGCGGCCUCCACAGGGUCCUCCAGUGGGGCUUCCUCAUCAGCCCCUGCUGCGACCAGUUCUGGACAAGCAACAACUCAGUCCAAAUCUUCUACCAAAAAGAGCAAGAAAGAAGAAAAGGAAAAAGAAAAAGAAGGUGAGAGCUCGGGCAGCCAGGAGGACCAGUUGUGCACAGCUCUAGUGAACCAGCUGAACAGAUUUGCAGACAAGGAGACUCUGAUCCAGUUCCUGCGCUGCUUCUUGUUGGAGUCCAACUCUUCCUCAGUGCGCUGGCAGGCCCACUGCCUGACCCUGCACAUCUACAGAAACUCCAACAAGGCUCAGCAGGAGCUCUUGCUAGAUCUCAUGUGGUCUAUUUGGCCAGAACUCCCAGCAUACGGUCGAAAGGCUGCCCAGUUUGUGGAUCUUCUGGGCUAUUUCUCCCUGAAAACUGCACAGACAGAGAAGAAGUUGAAGGAGUAUUCACAGAAGGCCGUGGAGAUUCUGAGGACUCAAAACCACAUUCUCACCAACCAUCCCAACUCCAACAUAUACAACACCUUGUCUGGCUUAGUGGAGUUUGAUGGCUAUUACCUGGAGAGUGACCCCUGCCUGGUGUGUAAUAACCCCGAGGUGCCAUUCUGUUACAUCAAGCUAUCUUCCAUUAAAGUGGACACACGGUACACCACGACCCAGCAAGUUGUAAAGCUCAUUGGCAGUCACACCAUCAGUAAGGUGACAGUGAAAAUUGGGGACCUGAAGCGGACCAAGAUGGUGCGGACUAUCAACCUGUACUACAACAACCGAACUGUGCAGGCCAUUGUGGAGCUGAAAAACAAGCCAGCUCGCUGGCACAAAGCCAAGAAAGUUCAGCUGACUCCUGGACAGACAGAAGUCAAGAUUGACCUGCCGCUGCCUAUUGUGGCCUCUAACCUGAUGAUCGAGUUUGCAGACUUCUAUGAGAACUACCAGGCCUCCACAGAGACCCUUCAGUGUCCUCGCUGCAGUGCCUCCGUUCCCGCCAACCCAGGCGUCUGUGGCAACUGUGGCGAGAAUGUAUACCAGUGUCACAAGUGCAGGUCCAUCAACUAUGAUGAGAAGGAUCCCUUCCUCUGCAAUGCCUGUGGCUUCUGUAAAUACGCCCGCUUUGACUUCAUGCUUUACGCCAAGCCUUGCUGCGCUGUGGAUCCCAUCGAGAACGAAGAAGAUCGAAAGAAGGCUGUUUCCAACAUUAACACACUUCUGGACAAAGCUGACCGGGUUUACCAUCAGCUCAUGGGACAUCGGCCACAGCUGGAGAACCUACUCUGCAAAGUGAAUGAAGCAGCUCCAGAAAAGCCACAGGAAGACUCCGGAACGGCAGGGGGCAUCAGCUCCACUUCAGCCAGUGUGAAUCGCUACAUUCUGCAGCUGGCUCAGGAGUAUUGUGGAGACUGCAAGAACUCAUUUGAUGAGCUCUCCAAAAUCAUCCAGAAAGUUUUUGCUUCACGCAAAGAGCUCUUAGAAUAUGAUCUGCAGCAAAGGGAAGCAGCCACAAAGUCAUCCCGAACAUCCGUGCAGCCCACGUUCACUGCCAGCCAGUACCGUGCUUUGUCUGUCUUAGGCUGUGGCCACACCUCGUCCACCAAGUGCUAUGGCUGUGCCUCAGCUGUCACAGAGCACUGCAUCACACUACUGAGGGCCCUGGCCACCAAUCCAGCUCUGAGGCACAUCCUCGUCUCCCAGGGCCUCAUCCGAGAGCUCUUUGAUUACAACCUCCGCAGAGGAGCUUCAGCCAUUCGUGAAGAGGUCCGCCAGCUCAUGUGCCUCCUGACUAGAGACAACCCAGAGGCCACCCAGCAAAUGAACGACCUGAUCAUUAGCAAAGUCUCCACAGCCCUGAAAGGCCACUGGGCCAAUCCUGACCUGGCAAGCAGUCUUCAGUAUGAGAUGUUGCUGCUGACGGAUUCCAUCUCCAAGGAGGACAACUGCUGGGAGCUCCGCUUACGCUGUGCACUCAGUCUUUUCCUUAUGGCCGUGAACAUCAAAACACCAGUGGUUGUUGAGAACAUCACCCUUAUGUGCCUGCGGAUCUUACAGAAGCUGAUUAAGCCACCUGCCCCAACCAGCAAGAAAAACAAGGAUGUCCCUGUUGAGGCCCUCACCACGGUGAAGCCAUACUGCAACGAGAUCCAUGCCCAGGCCCAGCUGUGGCUCAAGAGAGAUCCCAAGGCAUCUUACGAAGCCUGGAAGAAGUGUCUGCCCACCCGAGGGGUAGAUGGCAAUGGGAAGUCCCCCAGCAAGUCAGAGCUCCACCGUCUCUACUUGACUGAGAAGUAUGUGUGGAGAUGGAAACAGUUCCUGAGCCGUCGGGGGAAGAGGACCACCCCUCUCGACCUCAAGCUGGGCCACAACAACUGGCUGCGGCAGGUACUCUUUACCCCAGCGACACAGGCAGCACGGCAAGCAGCAUGUACCAUCGUGGAAGCUCUUGCUACUGUCCCCAGCCGCAAGCAACAGGUCCUUGACCUUCUCACCAGUUACCUGGACGAGCUGAGUGUAGCUGGGGAGUGUGCUGCAGAGUACCUGGCUCUCUACCAGAAACUCAUCGCCUCAUGUCACUGGAAAGUCUACCUGGCUGCUCGGGGAGUCCUGCCCUAUGUGGGCAACCUCAUCACCAAGGAAAUCGCCCGCUUGCUGGCCCUGGAGGAGGCCACCCUGAGCACAGAUCUGCAGCAGGGCUAUGCCCUCAAAAGUCUCACAGGCCUUCUCUCCUCCUUUGUAGAGGUGGAGUCCAUCAAAAGGCAUUUUAAGAGCCGCCUGGUGGGCACUGUGCUGAAUGGGUACCUGUGCUUGCGGAAGCUAGUGCUGCAGAGGACCAAGCUCAUCGAUGAGACUCAGGACAUGCUGUUGGAGAUGCUAGAGGACAUGACUACAGGAACAGAGUCUGAAACCAAAGCCUUCAUGGCUGUGUGCAUUGAGACAGCCAAGCGCUACAAUCUGGAUGACUACCGGACUCCUGUGUUCAUCUUUGAGAGACUGUGCAGCAUCAUCUACCCUGAGGAGAAUGAAGUCACUGAGUUCUUUGUGACCCUGGAGAAGGAUCCCCAGCAAGAGGACUUUCUACAGGGCAGGAUGCCUGGAAACCCGUAUAGCAGCAAUGAGCCAGGCAUUGGGCCUCUUAUGAGGGACAUAAAGAACAAGAUUUGCCAGGACUGUGACUUGGUGGCUCUUCUGGAGGAUGACAGUGGGAUGGAGCUCCUAGUGAACAAUAAGAUCAUCAGCCUGGACCUGCCUGUGGCGGAGGUUUACAAGAAGGUCUGGUGUACCACGAAUGAGGGAGAACCCAUGAGGAUUGUUUAUCGAAUGCGGGGGCUGCUGGGUGAUGCCACUGAGGAGUUCAUUGAGUCCCUGGACUCCACCACAGAUGAAGAAGAAGAUGAGGAAGAAGUGUACAAGAUGGCCAAUGUGAUGGCCCAGUGUGGGGGUCUAGAAUGCAUGCUUAACAGACUAGCAGGAAUCAAAGAUUUUAAGCAAGGACGCCACCUUCUAACAGUGCUGCUGAAGCUGUUUAGUUACUGCGUAAAGGUGAAAGUCAACCGGCAACAGCUGGUUAAGCUGGAAAUGAACACUCUGAAUGUCAUGCUGGGGACUUUAAACUUGGCUCUGGUAGCUGAACAAGAGAGCAAGGACAGUGGAGGAGCUGCUGUGGCUGAGCAGGUGCUGAGCAUCAUGGAGAUCAUUCUAGAUGAGUCCAAUGCAGAGCCCCUGAGUGAGGACAAGGGCAACCUCCUCCUCACAGGUGACAAGGAUCAACUGGUGAUGCUCUUGGACCAGAUCAACAGCACCUUUGUUCGCUCCAACCCUAGUGUGCUUCAGGGUCUGCUGCGUAUCAUCCCAUACCUGUCCUUUGGAGAGGUGGAGAAGAUGCAGAUUCUGGUGGAGCGGUUCAAGCCUUACUGCAGCUUUGAUAAGUACGAUGAAGACCACAGUGGGGAUGACAAAGUCUUCCUGGAUUGUUUCUGCAAAAUUGCUGCUGGUAUCAAGAACAACAGCAACGGACACCAGCUGAAGGAUCUCAUCCUGCAGAAGGGAAUCACCCAGAAUGCUCUGGACUACAUGAAAAAACAUAUCCCCAGUGCCAAGAAUUUGGAUGCUGACAUCUGGAAAAAGUUUUUGUCUCGCCCUGCUCUGCCUUUUAUUUUGAGACUUCUUCGGGGAUUGGCCAUGCAGCACCCUGCCACUCAGGUUCUGAUUGGAACGGACUCCAUCACAAACCUGCAUAAACUAGAGCAGGUAUCCAGUGAUGAGGGCAUUGGGACCCUGGCUGAGAACCUGCUGGAGGCCCUGCGAGAACACCCUGAUGUGAACAAGAAGAUUGAUGCUGCCCGCAGGGAGACCCGAGCAGAGAAGAAGCGCAUGGCCAUGGCCAUGAGGCAGAAGGCUCUCGGCACUCUGGGCAUGACGACAAAUGAAAAGGGCCAAGUGGUGACCAAGACUGCGCUCCUGAAGCAGAUGGAAGAGCUGAUAGAGGAGCCAGGCCUCACGUGCUGCAUCUGCAGGGAGGGAUACAAGUUCCAGCCCACAAAGGUCUUAGGCAUUUAUACCUUCACCAAGCGGGUAGCUUUGGAAGAGAUGGAGAACAAGCCCCGGAAACAGCAGGGCUACAGUACUGUGUCCCAUUUCAACAUUGUGCACUACGAUUGUCACCUAGCUGCCGUCAGAUUGGCUAGAGGCCGGGAAGAGUGGGAGAGUGCUGCCCUGCAGAAUGCCAACACAAAGUGCAAUGGGCUCCUUCCGGUCUGGGGCCCCCACGUCCCUGAAUCAGCUUUUGCCACUUGUUUAGCAAGGCACAACACUUACCUCCAAGAAUGUACGGGCCAGCGGGAACCCACGUACCAGCUCAACAUCCAUGACAUUAAACUACUAUUCCUGCGUUUCGCCAUGGAGCAGUCGUUCAGUGCAGACACCGGUGGGGGCGGCCGGGAGAGCAACAUCCACCUGAUCCCAUACAUCAUUCACACCGUGCUUUACGUCCUGAACACAACCCGAGCGACAUCCCGAGAGGAGAAGAACCUACAAGGCUUCCUGGAGCAGCCCAAAGAGAAGUGGGUGGAGAGCGCCUUCGAGGUAGACGGGCCCCACUACUUCACCAUCCUGGCUCUGCACGUCAUACCCCCUGAGCAGUGGAGAGCCAUGCGUGUGGAGAUCCUUCGCAGGCUGCUGGUGGCCUCACAUGCCCGUGCAGUGGCUCCAGGAGGAGCUACCAGGCUAACAGAUAAGGCAGUGAAGGACUAUUCUGCCUACCGUUCUUCCCUGCUCUUCUGGGCUCUUGUUGAUCUCAUUUACAACAUGUUUAAGAAGGUGCCCACCAGUAACACGGAGGGCGGCUGGUCCUGCUCUCUGGCCGAGUACAUCCGCCACAAUGACAUGCCCAUCUACGAAGCUGCCGACAAAGCCCUGAAAACCUUCCAGGAGGAGUUCAUGCCAGUGGAGACCUUCUCAGAGUUCCUCGAUGCAGCAGGUCUUCUGUCAGAAGUCACCGAUCCAGAGGGCUUCCUAAAGGACCUGUUGAACUCAAUUCCCUGACAAUCCCCACGGAAAUGAGAUCACGGAAAUGAAGCUCGCUUGCCUUCCUCCCUCGUUCGCCCCUCCGUGUGCAUUCACUUCCCCCACGGAUGCUGCAUUAGCACCCCCUCUCCUCCCUCAUUUUUCUCGGAGUGGCUUGGGGUUUGUAGACUUCCUGUUCUAUCGCGUGUGUGUGCUACGUUGGCUAUGAAGUUGUUUGUAGCCCAAGCCGUUGAAGGACCUAUACAUACCUAGGAGCUGUGAGCUGUCCCAGCCAGCUUGAGUGUGCACAUCUUGAAAUAAAUGAAUGACUUGGUACACAU